UGAGUCUGAUCUCGCUGAUAGAAUGCUGUGCUCCUUUGAGCAAACUAGUGUUACCAUGAUUACGACUACAGUAUAAUGAACUUUUAAGUGUUUUUUGUUUUUAUUUUAUUUUAAAGUAAGGGACUAUGAGUGAGGAGACAUGGGAGUGAUUUGGAGCCUGCUGAAGAGAGCAGCCGGUUCCUGGUGUUGAACGUGUAGACACACGGUGAAGAGGAGGAAGGCAACUUAAUACUACUGCUGCUGCUUCGAACUGCUCCAAGAAAACAACAACAAAACUCCGUUUUACUUUGAUGUUUACUGUUUUUAAAACUUCACCUUCAUGGCUACGACACACCACCACGACUGUUCAGAGAGAGAGCGGCUGUCCAGCUCUCUGUCUCACUACGGUUCCACAGACAGCAGCGAGCAUGACACCAAUGUUAACCACCCCUGCAACAGUCAUGGAAACAUUCAGUUUCCUACACCGCUGGGAGGUCACUGGGUAGCACAUGAUCAGGAAGAGGAAGCCAUUCGCAGGAAACUGAAAUAUUUCUUCAUGAGUCCAUGUGACAAAUAUCACGCUAAGGGCCGGAAACCUUUCAAGUUAGCCCUGCAAUUAAUCAAGAUCAUUAUUGUUACUGUGCAGUUGGUGUUAUUUGGCCUCAGUAACCAGGUUGUGGUAAACUUCAAGGAGGAAAACACUGUGACCUUCAAGCACCUCUUCCUUAAAGACUACGAUGAGUCUUUUGAUGCGUCCUUUGCAGUCUACACACAGAAUGACGUCUACGAUCACAUCUUCUAUGCUGUAGAAAAGUAUCUUGCCUUACCAGAGACCACAGUGGGACGCUAUGCCUAUGUCUAUGGUGUCGGGGUGAAUGGUAGCGCUCUCUCCCUCUGCCAGGAGUACUACAAGAAGGGACACAUUGACCCAGCCAACAACACUUUCAGUAUAGACCCUCAGGUUAUCACAGAGUGUGUGGGUGUAAAUCCCCUCGCCGUCCCUUCAUCUCCGCUCACCAGCAGUUACAGGAAUUUUACCCUCAAGUUCCAUAAACUCAUUAAUGUGACCAUAGAGUUCCAGCUGAAAGCCAUUAAUGUACAGACCAUCAUCAACAAUGAGAUCCCAGAUUGUUACACUUUUUACAUAAAGAUACUUCUGGACAACAAGGCCCACAGUGGCAAAGUGAAGAUAAGGUUAGAAAACCAGGCAGUCAUAAAGGAAUGCACAGACACCAGCAUCUCAGGACAGGCACAGAACUACACACAUGUAGCAUUUGAUGUAGUCGUGGCUCUGGUGUGUUUGCUGUCACUGGUGCUGUGUGGACGCUCCAUACUGCGAGGUAUCAUGCUUCAACAGGAAUUUGUGCAGUUCUUUAGAGAGAGGCUGGAUCGCAAGGUCUGCUGGGCAGACCGUUUGGAGUUCAUCAACGGCUGGUAUAUCCUCCUUAUCAUCAGCGACAUCUUCACCAUCACUGGCAGCAUGAUUAAAAUAGGCAUUGAAACGAAGAGUUUGUCAUCAUAUGACUUGUGUGGUAUCUUGUUGGGGACUUCCACUCUUUUGGUGUGGGUUGGAGUCAUUCGCUACCUCACAUUCUUCCAGAAGUACAAUAUCCUGAUCGUGACGCUUCGAGCAGCUUUCCCCAGUGUGAUUCGCUUCUGCUGCUGUGUGGCCGUCAUCUACCUUGGAUACUGCUUCUGUGGUUGGAUUGUCCUUGGACAUACCAAUGUCAAGUUUCGCUCUCUGUCCAUGGUGUCGGAGUGCCUGUUCUCGCUCAUUAACGGGGACGACAUGUUUGUGACGUUCUCAGAGUUGCAGGAGAGCAGCACUAUGGUGUGGCUGUUCAGUCAAAUUUACCUGUACACCUUCAUCUCCCUCUUCAUCUACAUGGUGCUGUCCCUCUUUAUUGCUCUGAUCACCGGAGCGUAUGAGGCCAUUAAGCACCAAACCAGGAAACGAUUCAUAUCACGGACCUGCAUGCCUUCAUAGCGGAGUGCACAGACGCGCCAGGCUCUGGGAAGUUCAAGGGUUUGGAGACGUCACCCUGCUCCUUCUUCUGCUGCUGUGACAGAAUGACAACGUACGAGGAUGUCCUCCUGGUAAACUGAGGAUAACCUCUGUGUCCUCUGCAGCCUCAGUGGCACCCCCUGCUGACCAGAAAGAUACACCAGCCACUCCUGUAUUUGGGUCAAAUCUCAACACUCCUCUGAAGGAGUGGCAACUCCACACGGAAUGUGUGACCAGACCUUGGACCACUUAUUUUAUUUUGUUUACUCUUUUAUGAAGAAGAAACUUCAGGAUGGACUGUCUGAACCUUUCCUCUGUAUCAGGAGAACUUUGCAGCAUCAUAGAUGUCUGAUACAGAAACAUUUUUCUGUUUCCAGUCUCUUUUUGGUUUUAAUGACUGAACACAGUAUUUUAUGAACCAAAUCCACUCUGAUGACCUAAACCAGCAGUAGCCCUUCUUAUUGACAGACAUAGUGGAACAAGAGUCACGAAAAAGAUGACACUAUUACAGAUUGUAUCAGAUUGUUUUAAUUUACUUUUUCCAUUAAUAUUUUAGAAGUCAAGACUUGCCUCAUAAAUUAAGGAAUUUAUCAAUCAAUCACUGCUGUGGUGACCCCGAGUGGAAAAAAGGGAGAAGGUGAACAAACUUACUUUGUUUUUUAAUACAAAAUUAGUUUUCCAGAGUUAUAGUAUGCCUUUGACAUGUAACACCAAAGGCCCCUGUCUUGAUGAUAUAUGAUGCACAGUCUAAAGUGCAUAGAGGUACUGCAUUUGGAAUGUGUCCUACUUAUAUUUGCUAUUUAAAGUAGUGCGUUAUCUGAGUGCAAAUUAAGGGGCAUGGUGCAAACCUUUCAUGGGUUUGUUUUGGGCAUAACAUGAAAUAAACCAGAGUGUCAUCUGUCAUUCUCUUUAAAACACAGGUGCUCCAGCACCUGACACAUUGCUGUUUAGAUGCUGAAGUCAAGUAUCAGGUUUUCUGACGAAGAAACAGUACUGCAGGCAAAACUUCAAAGCUUGUGAUUGGAAGCAGAAAGUCAUCCACUAAAUCACCCUGAGGUGAAGCAUUGUGCCUCCUCCUCUGACACCCCUCCUCCCCAUUCCAGCUGUACCUGGACACUGUAGCUAACACAAUAUGGUCUUGCUGCUUCCUGCCUCCCAUCCCAAAGAAAAUCUGUGUAA